GUUCCAGGUUUUUUAUUAUUUAUUCAUUUUUAUUAGAUUUGUCAUUUAAAUGAGUUUAUAUUACAUUAUUGUGAUAUAAUUUGAAUGUCAUGAGAUAUAAAUCGCUUGACUGUUUACCUGGACAGUUUAGUUCUGGUGGGUGGGGUAGAUGGUUCAGAAAAGACUGCGGUUACUAUUCUUAUUGGAGUAUUAUUAAUAACAAAAAAUAUCUAUUCUAAAACCUUUGUUUUGAAAAUUAACACAAAUAAUACAUUAAGCUGUUUUACUAUCUGACAUGUAAUUAUGAUAAUCUAUAAUGAGGAAUCUGUAUCAUUGUUGUGAUCUGGGAACCAGUCACAUUAUUCAUUUAUGAUAACCAGUCUAAUAGAAGCUGAUGUAGGGAACCAGCUAGCAGGAAAAACAGACAGACUUUGACUGACCACGACUGAGACCUGACGGACUUAUUACUUCUGACGAUCAUCUUAUAUCCAUCAUCAUCCUAUACGUAGAUUCGACGCUAGUGCUCAUCUUUAUCAGGUAUGUUUGUAUGGAUAUUAGUUAUUAUGUCGGGAUCACAAUAAUGGCGCUGCGACUUAAACUGGUACAUUUUACCUGCGUUUAAAUUGUUGCCAAAAAGUCUCAAUUUUGUGGUUGGCAGCCAUCUUGAAUAUUUGUGUUUCAAGAUUUUCAAAUCAUUAUAUUGCAAUUAUUUCUCAAUGACAUGUUGAGAAUACAUUGGAUUUAUGUCAUAUUUAUGAAUUGCAAUUGAUUUGGACCAACUUUUGAUAUUUUGGUCAGUUAUUUCAGGAUUUAAUAUUCUGAAUCUGUUACUUUCACUUUCACUUUGAAAUUUAUCGGAACAGACUUCCGUUUUAUUUUCAAAUUGUAAUAUUGCAAUAACUGUUCAGUCUAAUGCUGAGAUUACAUUGAAUUAUUGAGUUGUGUAUGACAUGUAAUUGAAAUAGUCCAAUUGUUGGCCUUCUAUAUCAGAAUUCUGAAUUUUGAUAUUUUGAAAUUUGCCGGGAGAUUUUUCCGUUGAAAUUUCUAUUUCGUUUCUAUUUGUAUUGCCAUGUUGAAUGUUUAUUGACAGAUUUUGAUGCAUGUCUUGUAGAAUUAGUGCGUAUUUCAUGCAUAUUACAUUCCGACGUUAACCGGAAGUGACGUUUCGUUGACCGGAAGUGGCUUGUUCAUCGCCAUAAGUUGAGGAAUAUUCAGCUCUCCUACACCUGAGGGCGCCAGUUCCUGACUUUUGACGGUGAAGAUGACAGAUUCCGAGUCUUUGGAAGGGAGCCCAAAAAGGUCAUGGAAAGAAACAGAACGGAUAAUUCCAAUUAAUCCCGAUGAUAUUGUACGGGAAAUGGAAACCUUAUGUUCUCGCAAAGUACAGAUGCCAUCUGCCAAAUUAUUGAUCUUUCAAUUAGGUUUGGUCAAGGACCAAGAAAAGAUUAAUAGGAUUGUUACAUAUCAAUGUCAGAUUGCACAGAGUCGUAGAAAUUUUAAGUUCAUCCGUGAGGCCAAAAGCUAUGCAGAUAAUAUUCUAACGACCGAAUGUUUAAAAUCAUUGGAAUCAAUUUGGGGAAAGAGUAACCAACCUAUUAAAAAGGGAAACUCCUGUUUAUCAACAGACACUGGUAAUGACGUUUUUUCUAGUAGGGAUAUUCGCUUUUUGGGAAAUACUGUUAAAAGUGAACCGGUGGGCUCUUUAAGUGUUGACUCUAUUGUUACCCCAGAUGAAGUUAUCCCAAAUCUUUUGGGUGAUGAAGAUGAUAUGGCAAAUGACUCACUAUUGAAUUUAGAACCCAAAGACUUGGGUGGAAAUCAUACAACUGAAUCAAUUUCAAAUGACUCACUUUUGGAUUUAGAACCCAAAGACCUGGGUGGAAUACAUACAACUGAAUCAAAUUUAGAUUUGGAACCCAAUCUGUUGGGCGGUGACGAAAGAGUGGAGACUGAAAUUAAUACAUCUGUUCCCAUUUUGGAUCUGGAACCCCAAUUUUUGGGUGAAGAGGAGAUGGUGGAAACUGAAAUUAAAGACUCUAUUGACAUCUAUUCUAGUCAAAUUAAUGAGACAAUACUACCUGUGAAAUUAGAAUCCAAUAUAUUGGAUGAAACUAUGGAGGUUGACAUGAAUAACAAUAUAAACUCAAACUCAAAUGUAAUAGUAAUCUCAGAUGAUGAAACCAGUCAAGAUCCACAACUUCUAAGAGAUAGGACAUUAAGACAGAGAGGACCCAAUACUUCAGUUCCAAACAAAGGGUCAAAGGUGCGUAUCAAUGACCAAUCGUGUCCACUGUCUUGUGGGGCUUUCAGAAAUCUCCGUCAACACGUUGAAUAUCAUCAUCUUCCAAAACAAUUUCAUCAAGAGAACAUGAACAAUUCCCAAAUGCAUGAUUUUAGGCUUGAAAGUUUGUUUUGGCUCGCGGAGAAAAUUGUUAGCAAACGUAGUAUUGUCAAACUUUAUCAUUAUUGUCAAAAAACAAUUUGGAUUUCUAGGAAUGUUCCUAUUACAGAUGAAGUAAAGGAGUGGUUGGAAUUAUGGAAAGAACUUGAAAAUUGGGAUUGUCCCAAACAUUUCCAGUUUAACCCAAUUAAUUCUUGGGCACUGGUUGGACAUUGGAGGAUCCUUUUAGAACUUAUCCAAACUCUGUCAGUUGAAGAUAGGCAUCAUUUUCGUAGAAACAUGCCAGACACUCUGGAAGUUACUCUAACUGAAGGAAAAAGAACAGUGCAUUCUACAAACACAGACGACGCUGCAGUCCAACUUUCUACUCGUUCGUCUACAGUACAACCAAUUUCUAUAAACACUUCAACAGCACCUGUUCAACAAGUCAGUUCAGUGCCAACAAAUUCUGAAGCCAUGGACAACAAUUUUUCUGUUCAACAAGAGAUUCCAGUGCCAACCAAACCUAAAGCCAUGGAUAGUCAUUUUCAUUUAGACCGCUCACUGUUCAAACUAAAUUUAAACAAGUUCAGCUCUACCCAAGAUUUGAUAAAUAUGUCUGUGGGUUCAAUUCCAAGAAUUGAAGUGGAAGUAGUAGGUGGAAUAGCCAUUUUUUGCGAUCCCAAACACUUUUUGGGAGAUUAUACAAAUCUUGGGCAUGGUUUUUCAGCCUCUGUAGGAAUACAUCCACGGAACGUUUCAUCCAUUGACAGUUUACCGUCAAUUUUUUGUAAGUUAGAUCAACAAUUAAAACUUGCCAAUGUUGUGGCUUUGGGUGAAGUAGGAUUGGAUCAUACGGAACCAGAGGAGAAGUGGGAGAACCAAGAGAAGAUGUUGGUAGAGGUUUUAAGUUUGGUCUCAAUCCGGACUCCCGUGAUUCUACAUAUAAGAGAUCAAAGGGACAAAGAACCUGGAGAAUUAUACCGAAGAUGUUUAAAUCUCAUCAAAACUAGUGGGAACACUGCCAGAAAUCAACCUUUUCAUUUACAUUGCUUUACUGGUACAACUGAGACCAUGAGAAGCUGGCUGUCUGAAUUUCCCAAUACUUAUUUUUGGGUUUACUGGAAUGGUCUGGUUCUUUGACAAUUAUCAGCAAGCAGCACUGCAGAAAGUACCACAGAAUCGGUUAUUAAUUGAAACGGAUUCUCCAUAUCUGAAAAUGUCAAAAGCUGCA